AGGCGGUUUGUGUGCAUUUUAACGUUGUAUGUGGCAGGAAUAUGGCAUCAAAUGUUGAAUCUUCCAUUCAGAGAUGCUGUGAUUUCAUCCACGAUUUCGUCUGUUCUCCUUGCGAAGAAGACGGACUGAAAACGGAAGCUCACCAUUUCUGUUCACAGUGCACGAAACAUAACUGCGAUAAUUGUGUCCCGGUUCACAACAAACUGUACAAGAGACACGCAGUGCUCGAUCGGAAGGACGUUAAGAAAUGGGCGGCGGUACCAGGGACGGUGGAUGUCCUUGAGAGAUGCGAGAGGCACCCCGGGGAGGCGCUGAAGCUGGUCUCUGGUGACCAUGACCAGCUGUGUUGUCAUUUGUGCGUUGCCGUGGAUCAUAGGAAAAUUGUCCAUCAACCAUGUAGGGGAAAGGCCUGAUCAGUCCAUGAAAUCAUCAGGACAUUAAACCAGUCAAUAUAUUACCACUGAGCAUGCAACCCUGCUGUCAGUCAGUGCGAAUAUGUUGUCCUAAUCUAACUAAGAAGUUACGCUUUUGUGGAGGUUGAGAGUCUUUACUUAGUUUGCAACUGAACAAAUUUUAAUUAAAUGUGUUUUUUUUUUUAAACCUAUUUAAAAUCUAUAAUAAUCACAUUAUUAUAUAUAAAUGAUUUGCAUCAACAUUUGUCUUGUGAUAAUAUUGCAAUAUCUAAUAAGUAUUGUUUAUAAUGAAGAGUAAAUUACUUUGUCUAACUUCGAUCUAUACAUAUUUGUACAAGGUAUGUUGUUAUAUUAACUUGUUAUAUGCAAAUGUAAAUCCAUUUUCUAACUGUUUGUUUUGAAUAUAAUUCACAUGCUCAUAUUCAUAUGAAGUAUUUCAUUGUUCAAAUGUACAUAUUAAUCUACAUAAUUAUAGUUUUGUUUUUAUCAAUGUAUAAUCAAUGCAUAAAUAGUAUUAUAUGUAUUAAACACUUAACAUUUGUGGUGAUGUACCGUGGUUUUGAGUGUUAAAAUCUU